AUGGGCGAUAUUCAUGAACGAACACUUAUCUUGGUCAAACCCGAUGGAGUUGCACGUGGUCUGACUGGAGAAAUCAUCAAACGAUUUGAACAUCGUGGAUAUAAACCUGUUGCAAUAAAAUUACUUUUGCCAACAAAAGCUCUUCUUGAACAACACUAUGAAGAACACAAAGGCAAAAAAUUCUACGAUGCGUUAGUUGCAUUUAGUGAAAGUGGCCCAGUAGUUGCCAUGGUUUGGGAAGGAUUCGGAGUUAUAGCUAAUGCCCGAAAAAUGCUAGGAGCAACUGAUCCAGCCAAAGCUGAACCAGGAACAAUUCGUGGCGAUCAUGCUAUUGCAACCGGACGAAAUGUUGUUCAUGGAAGCGAUUCAGAGAAAGCAGCUAAACGUGAAAUCGAUUUAUGGUUUCGUCCAGAGGAAGUUACAAGAUGGACAAGUGCCGCUGGAAAAUGGAUACAUGAAUAA